CAACGGGUUUCCGCGCGGUCGCCGCCGGUGCUAACGGUCAUCAUGUAGCGAGGCCGACGCCUGCUCUACGGUUCGCGAGCCCGGGGACGUUACUGAUUUUUGACACUGGUCGGACCUGUCAUUGCUUCGGCCGGUGCUAUCGCAGGUAUUUCUACGUGACGACUGUCAUAAUGGUCGCCGGCUGAAUCGUGCAUCACAGCUAGCUCGCUAACGGUUAGCAUACCCGGCUAAUUUGGGCACCGAGCCGCUACGAUCAUCAUCCGCGAGGUCCGUGAACAUGGCAUCGCCCGCAGAGCACGACCUGGCUCUGUCUGAGGCGGACGGCAGCAAGGAGAAAACUCAGGUGUUUGGGAUUUUGAGGCUCCAGGAGGAGAAGGCUGGAGCUGUGGAUAAGGCUAGCAGCACGGUGAGAGGAGGAGGAGGAGGAGGAGACGGCCGGUGGCAGGCUCCGAUCUUCGCUUUGGCCAGAAAAGCGUCCGAGACUAUUUCAGGGAGCAUUCACGUCCUGCCCAAAGUGUCGGAGCACAGGACGUCUCUGCCCGGGGACUGGGCCGUCCAAGCCCUGCGGGACCCCAUGGCCAUGGAGCGAGCCAACCUGCUGAACAUGGCCAAGCUGAGCAUUAAAGGCUUGAUCGAGUCGGCUCUGAGCUUCGGGCGAACGCUGGACUCGGACUACCCGCCUCUCCAGCAGUUCUUUGUGGUCAUGGAGCACUGCCUCAAACAUGGGCUCCGAGUGAAGAAGUCCUUUCUGGGCUUCAACAAGUCUCUGUGGGGUCCUCUGGAGCUGGUGGAGAAACUGUGUCCUGAAGCAGCAGAGAUCUCCGCCUCUGUACGAGACCUGCCUGGACUUAAGACUCCUUUAGGCAGAGCCAGGGCCUGGUUGCGUCUGGCUCUCAUGCAGAAGCGGCUGGCCGACUACCUGCGACUUCUCAUCACCAGAAAAGACCUGCUCAGUGAUUUCUAUGAGAAUUCAGCACUGAUGCUGGAGGAGGAGGGCGCGGUGAUCGUGGGCCUGCUGGUGGGCCUGAACGUCAUUGAUGCUAACCUGUGUGUGAAAGGCGAGGACCUGGACUCUCAGGUCGGCGUGAUCGACUUCUCCAUGUACCUGAAGAAUGACAUCGAUGAUUACAGGAGCGAAGAGAGGAACAGCCAGAUCGCAUCCAUCUUGGAUCAGAAGAACUACGUCGAGGAACUGAACCGACAGCUCAACUCCACAGUUCAUGGUCUUCAGGGCAGAGUCGACUCACUAGAGAAGUCCAACUCUAAACUCAUAGAAGAGUUAGCCAUAGCCAAGAACAACAUCAUCAAACUACAGGAAGAAAACCAGCAGCUAAGGAGUGAAAACGGCCUGAUUCUGCUGAAGGCACAACAACAUUUAGAGGUAACUCAAGGCGAUGUGUCAGUGGAGAGAGACACAUACAAACAGUCUCGUCAGGGUCUGGAUGAGAUGUACAACGAGGCUCGAAGACAGCUGAAAGAGGAGUGUCAGCUCAGACAGGAUGUGGAGAACGAGUUGGUAGUUCAGGUGUCGAUGAAACAGGAAAUGGAGCUGGCCAUGAAACUUCUGGAGAAAGAUAUUCACGAAAAACAGGACACACUAAUCGGACUGAGGCACCAGCUGGACGAGGUCAAAGCCAUCAACGUAGAAAUGUACCAGAAGAUGCAGUCAUCAGACGAGGAGAUGAAGAAGAAGAACGAUAUGAUCAGUCGUCUGGAGGAGAAGACCAAUCAGAUCACUGCCACCAUGAAGCAGCUGGAGCAAAGAUUGCAGGAGGCAGAGAGGCACCGCACCUCGGCCGAGGAGGGAACCAGGCGCUUCAAGUUGGACUUUGCCAACAAGGCCGACAGCCUGCAGCGGCAGAUCGAAAACAGAGAAAAGCAGCUCCAGCAGCUGGAGACAGACCUGAAGAUAGAGAGGGAGUGGAGGCAGACGUUACAAAACGAUCUGGACAGAGAACGGGACACGGUGGCUCAGCUCAGCACAGAGGCUCUGCAGAUCAACGGGCUGAAGAAGGAGUUCCAUCGUCUCCAGGAUGAGAACAUUCAGCUGAAGUCCAUCUGUGAGGACCAAGAACAAGCUCUGGGGGAACUAGGCUCUAAACUCAGCGAAUCCAAAAUGAAGAUCGAAGACAUCAAAGAAGCCAACAAAGCUCUUCAGGGAGGUCAGGUUUGGUUGAAGGAUAAAGAAGCCAGUCACUGCAAGUUGUGUGAGAAGGAGUUCUCCAUCUCAAGACGAAAGCACCACUGUAGGAACUGUGGGGAGAUUUUCUGUAACAGCUGCUCUGACAAUGAGCUUCCUCUGCCUGCGUCUCCCAAACCAGUCAGAGUCUGUGACACCUGCCACGCCCUGCUCCUCCAGCGCUGCUCCUCCAAUCCAACGUGAGAGUCUCACACUGCUGCCAGCACAGCUUGAAAACAAUCUGAGAUAAUAUCAACUCUUCAGUUCUCUGCAAGAUCCAUCUCCCAACUUACAAGGUGUGAUCAAGAAGUUCCAAGUCUGCGCCUAUAAAAAGCAAAAAAAAAAAUGUAAAAAAUUUGGCUGCUCUCCUUAAGAGUCGUCUUCUCGUGCAGUGAUGCCCUGCUCCUAGCGCUCCUGCCACGUUUGGGAUGUUCUCUGGAAGUCCUGUUCUAACCACUAAACACAGUUUCACCAUGGACCUCAAACACGUGCAGAGAGAGAGAAAACAUCAAAUUCUGUGUCAAACUAAUAAGGAUCAUGAUUAGGAUCAUCAUUAAUGAUGAGACUUGGAUCUACAGUUACUAUCCAGAGACCAAACAGCUGUGUUCAAGACUGAAGAAGGUCAGCAGCUCAUCAAGAGCCUCAUCAGUGUUUUGUUUGACAUUUAUGGUCACCGCUGAACUGUCAGCAGUCCUGGAACUUCUUGAUUGCAUCUCAUAUAUCCAUGGUGCUUGCUGCUAGGGGUGGACCACAAGCAUGAACACUCAUUUGUCUUUUAAGUUUAAAGAAGUCUCACAAAGUGAGCUGCACCUGCAUCGUUUUACCUCGUCAGAGUUUGAUGUCACUGCUUUCUCUGCAGCUGUUCUGUAGGGAGCGCAAAACAUCUCCUGCAAUCAGACAUUUUCCUACUUGAUAACAAAUCUUCACAGAUCAUAAAUGUAUCUGUUCAUUUACAAAAAUUUUAUAUACGAGGCCACGUCUGAAAAUACUCUCAAUACAAACUAAGUUUUAAACUUCCGUAGUACCGUUUAAUGGUACUGAGUGCAGCAGAAUCAAACAACCAAACUGGCUAAUAAUGGAAGUUGUAAAGAAGCUCUGAGCUUCUUAACAUCAACCUUCUCACUGGUCUGACCAGUGGUAACGUUAAAAAAAAAAAAAAAACUCUUUAGGGCACAACAGGUUUAAAUAUAUUAAGGAGAACUGCAGGCCUGCGGUCGUUUCUGCACACAGACAGACUGAUCGGCAGGUCAGGUUCUGGUAAACUUUAGCAGGAUGAGAAACUUUGGUUUUGAAAGAAGGAACAAGUUUAUAAAGUGAAACUGCACAGACUGUGACGAGCACUGCUGCAGCUGAAUGAAGCAAACCGCCAGUUUCACUCAGCGCAUCAAACCUCAAACUGUACACAUGAAGUGUACGGCCAACAGAUGGGAUUUUAUAGUUUAUACAUGCAGCAUGGUGGCCUUUGUACUGUUGUUGAGUCUCAGUUUAAAACUCCUUCUUUUUAAGGCACAGGCAGGGUAAAUCCAAACGAACCACAUCUUACAAACAAUGAAAUAUAAGCUGGAUGAAUUUCUCUUUAGUCGGUUAUGAUGAGAUCAGAAUUGUGCCACAAGAUUAAACUGGUCACCUUCUGUGUGUCCCAGUUUGUUUGUUUUUUUGUCUGUUUAGAUGAAUCAGUGCAAAAUGAAAAAUGCAAUGAAUCACACUGCGUUAGACUAAUUCCUGGAAUGUUUACUGCUUUAGGUCUGCUGACGUUAGACUAGACUAGUUCCCCAUUAGGCUCUGGGUUUGAUAGGAACUGAAAAAAAAGGUUAGUUUUGAAAUCGUGUUGGUGCCACAUGUGCCUGUGGACAUGCAGUGAAUUUUACCUACUUUAGCUUCUCAUGUUGCCAAAAUGAGCCUUAUAGUUCUACAGUGAGGAUUUCUGUAGAGAAUCUAAAGCCCACAAUAUUUCAAAGUAGCAACACUAGCCUCUACUAGCCAAGAAAGGAGUCGAGAUCAAAGGCACAUUUCACUGUUUGUUGGAGACACUAAUGCAGUGGAUGCUGCUUCAAGGACCAACAGGAGUGAAACAUGCAGUCAGCAUCACUCUGGCUGGUUCUCCUGAUGAACCACUGAUGGCUACAACACGACCACUUCACUGGUUAGUGGUGGUUAAGAACAGACUUGAGUGUUGCACAUUUCUGACAACUCAGCCACAAAGUAUGUUUGAACACUUGCCAAUCAUAUAUUGUCUGAAAUAUAGAUUAAUUUGAGAGUAUUUAUAUUUCAUUUUGUGUUUUCUGCACAUUCAUUUGUACUUUCACAAGUCUGAGGAACUCGUCUGAACUUUCCCUGUUCACUUGAAGUCAGCUGAAUCGCCUUUGACUGCUGCUCCAUUCCUGAGAGGGAAAGUCUGAAACUUUAAAACAUUUGUUCAGUUUUUUUAAUUUAUUAAAAAAAAAAGAUUCAUAACUGUCUUGUCAAAUUAAAGCUGAUUACCCUCAAGUACACAAUCUUCAGUGAUGGGUUACGAGUUUCAGUGUAUAUUCUGGUUUUGUACUUGCUAUGUUUACAACUUGUCAAACUGGAAGUAUUCAUUCCCUUGAAGACAUCAAGCAGGUCGGGGUUUAUUUCAACAAGCGUUUCUCAUUUCAAAUAGUUUUUAAAAUAUUACAAGUUUUUUUUUUUUUGUCUUCAUUAAGAGGCAAAUGUUUCUGAACUGAACCCUGACAGUCUUUUUUUUUUUUUUUUUGUGCAGUGUUGCUCUUGUAAAUCUCCCAGCUUUCAGUGGGACUUGUACAGUGUUGAUACGACUGUAUGUUGUACAUAAAUAAGGUUUAUAAUCACUGUGGCCGUUUAGCUUACUAAAUCCUGCCAGUUUAAUAUGAACUCUGUUGCCAACAGUCUGCUGCCUUGACUGUGUAGCAGUUUCUGAUUAAAUCAAGGACAGACAGAA